CCGGGUUCCUGAGUCGUGUGCGUCCGCGACGGUAGUGACGCGUAUUCUCCGGAGGAUGGCGGACGCCGGCUUGCGCCGCGUGGUUCCUAGCGACCUGUAUCCUCUCGUGCUCGGCUUUCUGCGUGAUAACCAGCUCUCGGACGUGGCCAAUAAAUUCGCCAAGGCAACAGGCGUUACCCAGCAGGACGCCAACGCCUCUUCCCUCUUGGACAUCUAUAGUUUCUGGCUCAAGUCCACCAAGGCGCCAAAGCGGAAGUUACAGGCAAAUGGACCAGUGACAAAGAAGGCUAAGAAGAAGACUUCAUCCAGUGACAGCAGUGAAGACAGCAGCGAGGAGGAAAAAGCCCAAGGACCUCCAGCUAAGAAAGCUGCUGCACCUGCCAAACGGGCCGGUCUUCCUCAGCAGCCUGGAAAGCCUACAGCCAAGGCAUCAGAGAGCAGCAGCAGCAGCAGCAGUGAAGAAUCCAGUGAUGAGGAGGAGGACAAAAAGAAAAAGCCUGUUCAGAAGGUAGUUAAGCCCCAAGGCAAGGCAGUCAAAGCUCCUCCUAAGAAGGCUGAGAGCUCUGAUUCUGAUUCUGACUCAAGCUCAGAGGAUGAGGCACCAAAGAACCAGAAGCCAAAGACAGCAGCCGUGGCAGCUAAAGCUCAGGCUAAAGUGCCAGCCAAAACAGGUACACCAGCUCGGGCAGCACCUAAAGUAGCCAAUGGCAAAGCAGCUAGCAGCAGCAGCAGUAGCAGCAGCAGCAGUGAUGAUGACUCAGCGGAGGAGAAGGCAGCAGCCUUCUCCAAGAAGACGGUACCUAAAAAGCAAGUUGUGGUCAAGGCCCCAGUGAAAGCAGCUGCUGCUCCUGCCCAGAAGAGUUCCAGCAGUGAGGACUCCUCCAGUGAGGAGGAAGAGGAAGAACAGAAGAAAAAACCAAUGAAGAAAAAACCAGGUACUUAUAGUUCAGUUCCCCCACCUUCAGUUCCGUCACCCAAGAAGCCCCUGGGAACCCAGGCUCCCAAGAAAGCUGCAGGGAAGCAGGAGCCUGUGGAGAGCAGUGAGGACAGCAGCGACGAGUCUGAUUCAAGUUCUGAGGAAGAAAAGAAACCCCCAGCUAAGGCAGUUGUACCGAAAGCAGCUACUAAAGCAGCUCCAGCAAAGAAGGCAGCAGAGAGCUCUUCAGACAGCUCAGACUCUGACAGUUCUGAGGAUGAAGCUCCUGCCAAGCCAGCCAGUGCCACCAAGAAUUCAAGUAAGCCACCUGCCACUCCCAAGCAGUCUAUAGCUAAGCCAGCUACAAGUUCCAAGCAGUCUGUAGGCAGUGGCCAGAAGCCUCUGACCAGAAAGGCUGAUAGCAGCUCCAGUGAGGAGGAGAGCAGUUCCAGUGAGGACGAGAAGAUGAAGAAGACUGUAGCAACCCCUAAGUCCAAGGUGACGGCCAAAGCAGCUCCAUCUUUGCCUGCCAAGCAGGCCUCUCAGGGUGGUGGGGAUAGCAGUUCUGAUUCAGACAGCUCUAGCAGCGAGGAAGAGAAGACGUCUAAAACCCCAGCUAAAAAAAUGCCACAGAAGGAUGCGGGAGCUGUAGCCCCUUCUAAGCCAGCGUCCUCAAAGAAAGCCAAGGCUGAGAGCAGCAGCAGUUCUUCCUCUGAUGACUCCAGUGAGGAGGAGGAAGAGGACAAGCCCAAGGGCAAGGGCACUCCGAAACCACAGGCCCCCAAGGCCAAUGGCACCACUGCAUUGACUGCCCAGAAUGGAAAAGCAGAUAGGGAUAGCAACGAGGAGGAAGAGGACAAGAAAAAGGCAGCAGUGGGAGUUUCUAAGCCAGGUUCAGGAAAGAAGCGGAAGCAAAAUGAGGCUGCUAAGGAGACAGAGACACCUCCAGCCAAGAAGAUAAAGCCCCAGACCCCCAACACAUUUCCUAAAAGGAAGAAAGGAGAGCGCAGGGGAUCCUCUCCAUUCCGAAGGAUCAGGGAGGAGGAGAUCGAGGUGGAUGCUCGGGUGGCAGAUAAUUCCUUUGAUGCCAAGCGAGGUGCAGCUGGAGACUGGGGGGAGCGAGCCAACCAGGUUCUGAAGUUCACCAAAGGCAAAUCCUUCCGGCAUGAGAAAACCAAGAAGAAGCGAGGCAGCUACCGGGGAGGCUCCAUCUCUGUGCAAGUCAAUUCCAUUAAGUUCGACAGUGAGUGACCUGGGGCCAUCCCUGGUGCAGCAGAGGUGAUGUCCUGAGACCCCGCACUUGCUCCAGUGGACCUGGGAACGCUCAGCUCUCUCACGGGAGGGGCUUGGUGAGGACAGCAGUUGUUUAGAAUAGGUCUGAAGACUUUGCGUGGUGACAUCCUCUAAGGUCCUCUCCUGUGUUUGUGAUUUUGUACAGAUUUGGCUUUGCGCGUUGGGUAGCAAGGACAAGGGAAGGGGAAUGUCCUUUUUUAAGAAAAAAUUUUAGUUGUUCCCUUCUCCCUGUUCCGUGGAAGUCCUCAUACUGAAAAAUUUGUAUAUUUUAUAUUAAACCAUUUUCUGUUGAUUUUUGUUGUGAUUUUCAGAGGUGGGUUCCCACAGAUAAAAUCUUAGCUAUCGUCCAAGGCAUAGUGAAGGUCAUAUGUGUGAAUUUUAAUAAUUGGAGAAUUCUGCCUAUGUGGAUGCUCAUGUUCACAUUUCAUCUCUUCUACCCUUCAGAGGGACAAUUGAGAAUGGUUACUGUAGGAAUUCUCUGAUGGAUCCGCAGGUUAAGGAUCCAGCGUUGUCACUGCUUGUGGCGCGGCUGUGGCUGGGUUUGAUUCCUGCCCUGGGAACUUCCAUAUGCCACAGGCAUGGUGGAAAAAAAGAAGGAAUGGCUAAUGUACAUAUCUGUGAAGCAUGAAUUAUGUACCUCAUUCAUGGAGUGUAGGACCGAAGUUUUCAGCCAGCAUGGACUUAACCUAUUUUUGGGGAUUUACUGUUUUGUUAAAGGCAAAAUUCUGGUGUGGUAUGAAUGCCAUGGAUUCAGUCUGAAUAUUUUGUUUCCUGUAAUUUUAUUAUUAUAUGAUGUUUGCAAUACGUGUUUUUUAAUUUGAAAGCAUAAAGUUUUUUAUUGUUCAAAGACAAUUUUUGAUUAGCUUGACCCUUAAUAGUGCUGAGUACUAAAUUAAGGAUGACAUCUUCUCAUAUUUUUACAUUUUAGGGAACAGAAUAUGUUGAUUUAAUCCAAAAGCACAUAGUCACUGGGUGUUUCUGUCUUGGUAGUGGUGGCGACACAAAAUUAGUUUCAUAAAUUCCUACAUGGUUGGGAAUCACUGAUCAAGAAAGCGAAUAAGAGAACCUAUCAUUAAAAACCUCAAUCCUUAGUAGGAAUUAGGUUGUGUUAGGUGAAUUUAUAGGUAACCUCCUUGUAUGCUAAUGAAGGUGGAAAGAACUUUUAUGACACAUAUUAACUGGUAAAACUUGAGUUAGAGUGGGGUUGGGAGAGCAUCCUAACAAGAUUUGUUGUGUCUUGUAGUUGGUACAUGGGAGCAACUAAUGUGCCCCCUUCAGAACCUUAACCCUCAGUAACGGAGGUAACAAUAAAAACCAGUGAGCAGAGCUGGGACCCUUAGGCUGAGCGGGCCGGUCAUAAAGCUGUAGAAGAUGACGGCAGUGCGCAGCCAGAGCAACAUGGGGAGGCAAGAGUCAGCGACUUAACUCCAGGGCUGGGCUGUCGCCCUGUUGGGAAAGUGUGCUCUGGGUUUAUGGAUGAGCCGUAGCUUAGGAUUAGUCUCCCCUUGUUUGGGUUAUCAGGGAACCUGAUAACCUGGUUUUCUGUGUAACUGCCUCAAAGAAGAAAAUGCUCUUCAUGCUGACACAGGUAUUCUGUCUGCAUGGUAAAAGUUUUACAUCUUACUAAGAAAUAAUAAACUGGCUCAUUUAUAA